AUGGUCCCAAUAGCUACGAAAUCACCAUCUUCCCAUGAGAAACUGCGGAUAGCCUUUAUCCAUCCUGAUUUGGGCAUCGGAGGUGCAGAAAGACUAGUCGUUGAUGCUGCCAUUGGAUUGCAAGAUGAAGGCCAUGAGGUCGUUAUAUAUAGCAGUCAUUGCGAUAAAACGCACUGCUUUGAAGAGGUGAAAACAGGACGACUGAAAGUUGAGGUUCUAGGUGAUUUUUGGCCAACUAGUUUCAACGGGAAGUUUUUUAUUCUGUUUGCGAAUCUACGUCAGUUGUAUUUGACAGCUGCACUCGCUGCCACGGGCAAGAUCAAGAGGCAUGACUUGUAUAUUGUGGAUCAACUCUCUACGUGUGUGCCAUUUUUGGGUCUACUCAGCCGCGCUAGUAAAGUUCUGUUUUAUUGCCAUUUCCCUGACCAACUGCUGGCCCAAAGAACGAGCCUGGUGAAAAGGCUGUAUAGAAUUCCGUUUGAUGUUUUAGAACAGCUGACCAUGAAUGCGGCUGACCGUAUUGUUGUGAAUUCGAACUUCACCAAGUCUAUUUAUCACAAAACUUUCAGGUUAAUGGCUCAGGUGCCGAAUGUCGUGUAUCCUUGCGUGGGUUUGGAAGUUAGUGAGGCAUCUAAGUUGGAUGCUGAGCGCUUUGAUGCAAUUAUCUCUCCAAAUACGAAAUUCUACCUAAGUGUUAAUCGCUACGAGAGAAAGAAGAAUGUUGGUCUCGCGAUCAGGGCGUUCGCACAGUCAUCCCAAAGUUCACGAGAGAAUAUUAAGCUGGUAAUCGUAGGAGGAUACGAUGCUAGGGUUUGGGAGAAUAAAAUCUACCUGGAAGAGCUUGAAAAUUUGGCACAGAGUCUCAAGCUCCCUUUUGCAACAUUGCAUUAUGCUACUUGGGGGAAAGAAUUAGCACCCCUUGCACCAGAGAUCCAGUCAGCCAAAAUCAUAUUUCUCACUUCUGUUUCGUCGUCUUUUAAAGACCUAUUGCUACAAAAGACAGAGAUGCUUCUUUACACACCAUCGUACGAGCAUUUUGGUAUUGUCCCACUGGAGGCAAUGAAGCUAGGAAAACCAGUUCUUGCUGUGAACAACGGAGGGCCUUUAGAGACUGUCGUUGCAGUAAGUGAAAGUUCUCCCAAUGAUGAAUGUACCGGUUGGCUCAAGCCUUCGGACCCUGCGGAAUGGGCUACUGCCAUCGAAGAAUCUGGACCUGUUUUGGAAAAGAGCCCCACUGUAUUUGAAAAAUCCGGACCCAAGAGGGUACGAGAGCUGUUUUCUAGAGAGGCGAUGACUGCUCAAUGCGAAAAGAACAUCGCCAGUCUUUCGUGGGAUAGUAUGUCGAGGCCCCUCAGCUUUCAUAUCUUUUUCUGCUGUCUCUCUCUUCUUGUCGCCCUUCCGGUCGCCUUGGUUGCAGGGUUCCACAGUUGGUCCUUCAGAUUAAUAAGCUUUGGCUUAUUUGCUUUGAUGAGAGAUUUCAGUUCUUUUGGAUGCAUCUUAAUCAUAGUUAUAGCCGCCUGUUUGCAAGCUAAAAGCUCGCUUCGCUUAUAA